CAGCCCUGUCUGACGCGGCCGGCGCCAAGCGGCCAGCGGCGGCUGGCAGCGGCGCAGCGGCUGCGGGUCAGCAAGCCAAGCUGCCGCCUCCUCGAGCGACGGCGGCGCAGCCGUUGGGUGGCGGCGGGGCCGCCAAGGCCGGUAGUAGCGCCCCCUCCGGUUCCGCCGGCACAGCGGCGCUGCCUCGCUCGGCAUCGGCUCCUCCACUACCCAGCGGCGGCGGUGGCGGCGGCGACGACGCCAGCGGCACGUCGCCGUCGCCCUUGCCUGACGGCGACGGCGAGAGCGACCCGGGAUCAGCGGCGGGGCCGCAGCCAGGGCAGAAGCCGACUGCGGCAGCCGCACCCGCACCCAGGUCGGCGGCUGCCCGGCCUCCGCCGGCGCCCUCCGCGGCCGGUCUGGCGGCCCGGCAGGCGCGGUCGGCCCUGCCGCCGCUCAAGAUAGCGGACAUCAUGGGCUCCCACGGCCUGCGCGGCGGCAAGCCCUCCUUCCUCAGCGCCUUCACGGGUGGUGGCAAGGGGGGUGGCGCCCCCGCCGGCGGCCCCCCCGAGGUGGCCUUCAGCAAGCCCGCCCUGAUGGACGUGUGGGACAAUCUCCCCGACGCCCGGCGCGAGCACCUGUGUCGCCACCUGCAGCCGGUGCUGCUGCAGGAGUACGAGUACCAGGGGCCGGCGGGGCAGGUGGUGGACACCGUGUGCAUACUGCAGAUCAAGGACAGCCUGGACAGGGGCCAGCUGAGCGGCGAGGUGCUGGUGUCGCACAUGGACAGCGGGGACGGCACCCUCGUGCGGGCGCUGCUCACGGAGCAUGCACACCAGAUCUCCAUCAUGGAGAGCAUCCGCGACAACAAGCCCAUGCCCGCCCAACCGCUCGUCAUCGACGUGUCCCGCUACGACCAGCUGCCCCGCCCCACCCACCCCGCACAGCCCCCACCGCGGAACAGAGCACCGCCACAACAGCAACAGCAGCAGCAGCUGCAACCCGCCGGCGCUGCCAGAGGGGCCUCGCCAGAGCAUCCGACGGAGGCACCUGGCGGCACCACCGUCGCCGCGAAUGGUACGGCAGCGACGGCGACGGCGACGGGGACGGCGGCGGCCAGUCACCGGCGAGGGCCGCCGCCGCCACCCCCGCCAGGUGGGGGUGUCACCGCGACGCCGCUACCUCCGUACCGCCAAGCGAACACCGGAUACGCGCCGCUGUCGCAAGCCCGGAGACGUCAUCACGGCGACGGCGGCAACAACAACAGCAUGCAAGCGCAUUUGCCGACGUCCGCCGGCGGUGCGACUCCGGUGCCGCCUCCGCUGGCUGCGGAUGACGACGGCAUGGGUGGGCGUUACGACGACUACGAUAACGGCUACUACGGCUACGAUGCCGGCGGCCGAAGUCCCUCCCCGGAGGUCCCUCCGCCGGAACAGCCGCCACCUGCCGCACACCCCCCGCACCGGCACCCCGGCGCCAAGGCGCCACUCAACUCGGUCCGCUCGCUCCCGGCCGCAUCAUGCCACCCGCAGCAGCAGCAGCAGCAGCCCUGGGCCGCCGCGCCGCCUGCACCUGCCCCUGCACCUCCGCCCCCUGCGCAGCGGCGGCGGUCCGACCCUGGAGCCGCAGCCGGCCGAGAAGCGGCGACGGCGGCGGGCCGAGCAGCAGGGCAACCGCCGGAGUCGUCACAGCAUCCGCCGCCUCCGCAACCACCACUAACGGCUCGCGACCGGGACCGUGAGCAGGGGCGGGAGUGGCAUCGGAGUGGCGGCAGCGGCAGCGGCAGCGCCCACCGACCCGUCACUGCGCAUCACCCACGCCAGCCGCCUGCAGGCAAGCACCCGCCGCCUCCGCCGCCGCCGUCGCAGCAGCCGGCAGCAGCAGCGGUGGCGGGCCUGAAGGCCCCUGCUGCUGUGUUGCUUCCCAUGCACGAGGGGCUGCCGCCGGGCCUGGCGGUGGAGGCACCGCAACCGCAGCAGCAGCAGCAGCUGCAGCUGCAAGACGCUGCUAGGGAUGGGCUGAAGGAGGCGCCGCCCCAGCAGCAACAGCAGCCCCAGCAACCGGUGGGUCUACCGCCGCACCUGCGGCGGGCAGCGCCUCGUGACAUCCAGCAGCCACAGCAGCAGGUUGCAGCAGCAGCGCAGCAGCCCCCGCUGCCACUGGGACCCCAGGCCGCUGCAGCAGCAGCAACAACAGCAGCUGCGGCAUCCAUGCAGGCCCCCAUGCAGGCCGCCACAGUCCCAGCAGCAGCAGCAGCUGCUGCCGCUGGGGCUUGUAAGAAGCCAACGCGGCCACAGCCCAAGCCCGAAGCCGACGCGGCUAUACCCGGCCUCCCCUCGGCUCCGGCUCCGGCACCGGCGGCGGUGCCAGGCGGCCCUGCAGCAUCUGGGGUCGGCGGAUUACCUGAGCAGUCAGGCCGCGAGGAGGCUCCGAGACCGGUGGAGGGCAGUCUGCAGCCGUUGCGAGCAAGCGCAGGCAGCGCAGCGGCGGUACCCGCUGCUAGCGCUUCUUCCGGCGGUACGGGUGGCGGUACCAUUACCCUCAGUGGGGCGGACAAGGGGCUCACGGGGCCGUGUGGAUCUGUGCCGGAGCCGGUGAAGCUGUCUGUGACGCAGCUGGAUCUGAACACCCUCAACUUUACCAUCAACCUGGACAAUCGCGAGGCGGUAGCCAGGCAGCUGCUUGAAAUGGCACGCUUGCUGCAACAAGGGGCAACGAAGGGGCAAGCGAUUUCGGAGGGGAGUGGUGGCGCAGGCGGUGGUGGUAGAGAUGGCGGAUCAGCAGCAGCAGCGGCGGUUGCAGCGGGUGGCUGUGGCGAUGGAGCCGCGGCGGCCGCCGCGGGUCCUGACCCGCGGGUCAGCAGCAGCGGCACAUUGCAGGAGGGUCAACGCUCUGCACAGUUAGCGCAGCAGCAGCAGCAGCCGGCAGUGGCGGGUACUGCUACGGUUCUGCAUGUGCCGUCGGGCGGCGCAACGGCUGACACGGCUGAUGCUGCAACGGCGGAUGAUGCAGGGGCACAGCUCAAGAGUGCGUUGUCCGCUGCCGCGCCUGUGGGGGCUCCGUUGCAAGCUCCAGCAGAGCUGCCGCCGCCAAAGAUUGACGGACCCAUGGGUCAGACGGCGGCGCAGUUCCAAGGAGUGAAAGUGAAGAAAGAGGUUGAGGUCGAAGAGGAGCCUGUAGCGCUGGGUCCGGAUCUCCCAGCCAGCAAGGCGACAGCAGCGGCGGCGGGAAUGAACACAGUCAUGUUCAAGAUCUACAGCAUGGAGGUGUUUUACUGCACGCCGUACACUCCGGAGCCAUCCAUGGAUGAUCUGGGGCUCAACCCGUGUACGGCAGCCGCUGUUAACGGUUAUAAGCGCGGGGACUACGAUAUGGAGGACGACGACGACGCAGAUGCCGUACUUAUCUCGGAUGAUGACGUGGAGGGAGAGAGCGGGGCGCAGCUGUCAGGGGA